CAGGGGUGAAAGAAGUCUUCCAAGGAGUUUUCUUGUAUGUUUCUGCUACUGAACGCAAUCUUUAGAUGUUUGCGAACAAAAUGGUUUCAGUUGUUAAGUUGAGAGUUGUAUCGGCUCUAAAACACGACCCUGGCCAAAGUGACAAGUCUUUAGUUGUAUCUAGUGCUGGUGAGAAGAAACUUAUUAAGAAGUCCGGAAAAAAGGAACAUCACUUAUGGAAGAAAAGAGAUUCAUCUGGUUCGGGACAGAAGGCAAUGAACCUUGUUCGCAUUAUCUCUGGAGUUCCAAACGAAAAAGUGGCUGUUUACGGUGCUCUAGAUGAAUGGAUAGCAUGGGAGACUGAAUUUCCAUUAAUUGCUGCAGCAAAGGCUUUAAAAAUUUUGAGGAACAGGAAUCAGUGGAAACACAUUAUUCAAGUGGCUAAGUGGAUGCUGAGCAAAGGUCAAGGAGCAACAAUGGCAACUUACGAUUGCCUUUUGCUGGCAUUCGACAUGGAUGGACGAGUGGAUGAGGCCGAGACAUUAUGGGACAUGAUUUUGCAUGCGCAUGAUCGGUCAAUAUCAAAGAGGCUGUUUUCUAGGAUGAUAUCCUUGUACGACCAUCAUAACACACCGAAUAAAGUUAUAGAGGUAUUUGCUGACAUGGAGGAGUUGGGAGUGAAGCCGGACCAAGAUACUGUUGGAAGGAUUGGACGAGCUUUCGAGAUGUUGGGUCAAGAGGACAAACGAAGAAUGUUAAUGAUGAAAUACGGAAGUAAAUGGAAAUACAUGUACUUCAAGGGAGAAAGGGUAAAGGUGAAACUUGAUUCUUUAACAUGAAAUCAUCUUAGUUUGGAAGAUGUUAUUUGUAUAUUUGUUCAUUUACACAUAGAAGUUGAACAAUGAAUAUGCAAGCUUGAGAUUAUAUACGAGGAAACAUGGUGAUUUUUUUU